UUGUAUCAUUUGUAACAACAUUAUCUGCGGUUCACUUCAAAUGAUGAAGUUUAUCUACCUUUUAGUUAGCCUGUGCAUUACCUGUUGCUGUGGUAACAGCAUGCAAAGUGUGGAUAAUAUCUCGGAGACAUUAACCAAGCGUAUGUUAGAUAUGGAAAGAAAAUUUCAGGAUUUGGAGACGAGGUGUCAGAAACCAUCAGUCAGAAGACGAUCAGUAACUGGAGAGCACGUUGCUUUUUCUACGCUUUUAACAACUAACCAAAUCCAUAUUGGUAUAAGCCAAACAAUAAAAUUCGACAAAAUUCUACUUAACGAUGGGGCAGGAUACAGCAAAAAUUCUGGAACAUUUACUGUGCCGAUUUCUGGGGUGUACAUGUUUACGUACUUUUUUGGACACGGAUAUAACCCUGGCCAGAUAUGGUUAGAACUUAUGCAUAAUGGGCAGAAGGUAAACGCAGGUGUAACCGAUACUUUUCAUACCAAUCAAGAUUUGCAAGGAGGAAAUACAGCAAUUAUCAGAGCACAGCUUGGGGAUGAGAUCUGGAUGGAAUCGUUUCACCAGAACGAUGCUACAUUGUAUGGAAUAAUAGGUUUCACGUCAUUUUCCGGUUUUCUGUUGUACUAGAUGGCCAUAAGAUUGUCCAUGUUUAAAACAUAGAAAUUGUAUCUAUCUUUUUUCAUGUUCCAAUAAAUCAUUGCAAGUUAAAAAGACAGAAUGUUAAAUUUAAAGCUUAAAAUAACCCAUAUAAAUGAUAGGUAUUCAGAUUAUUCAUGCAUAAAAUAUAUUUCAUGAAAAAAUAUAUAUCUUAUUGUUCAUACGUUUGACAUAUAUCAUUAUACUUUGAGUGUUUAAAACUCCAAAUUGCCCGACUCGUUCAGGUAAUUCUACACGCAAACCGUUUUGCAUGAUGAUAGUUUGAUACCUUACCAUUAAUUAUUGAUCAAGAUCAAAACUUCAAAAUCAAUUUGGCGACAAAAAUUAAAGAUGGCCGCGCAUGGCUACCAUUUUUUAGCUACACUAUUUAGAGAGUAGGGUAGGCGGA